CUUCCCUGACAGACUGAUAUGUCAUUGGACCAAUGGGGUGUUGAUAAUGCAGGCGCAGAGGUUGGCCAGGUGAGAUGUAAGACCCGCCCACUGUGUGUCCUACUUCACCUGCAGAGGAACAGGAAUCUGUAGAAAAAAAGACCCCAACAAUUCUGCUGAAACAAAUCAACUGAAGUGAUUUUAAGAAAAUGGCAGAAAAUCGAACAAAUGGGUACUGGUAGUGAAUGCCACUACAAACUACCUCAGCCUUCCCCUUGAGAGAGGAUUGCAUCUCCUGCUGAUUUCUUGACAUCUGGCGGAUUCUUUUCUUAGAUCUCAUGUAUUUGGUACAUUGCAAUCAACCCCAGGCAUCCUGCUGGCCCACCAACCCAUUAGACCAAGAGGACAUCCUGGUCUCCUGCUGACUCACCAACCCAUUAGACCAAGUAGACAUCCCGGUCUCCUGUUGACUCACCAGCCCAUUAGACCAAAGGUCAGAGGGCAACAUCAGUGUUAACUUAGGGUUACAACAUCCGGGCUUACGAGUCCCAGUAAGGGCUAUCUCUUCAAGAGAGUGGGAUUCCAAAUCACCUCUGAAACACAGAAUCCACAGCUCUGAUCCCUCCCUUCUCUGCGCCCGCUGAGAGGAGGUACCUGUCUGUCUCUUCAUUUUCCUGUCUCUGUCUGAGAGGACCCAAGAGCCAGAGUCCCACCGUUUGGGUUUCUCCCUCCUCUUUCUCUGUCUGAGGAGAACCUGGUCUGUCCCUCCCUCCCUGCUAAGUAGGGGGAACUAUAGGAGGCACCAUGGGGUGUGGUGGCAGCAGGACUGAUGUUCUGGAGCCCAGGUACCUGGAGAGCUGGACCAAGGAAACAGAAUCUACCUGGCUGACCAGUACAGACACAGACAUCCCACUCUCCUCCAUACAGAGUAUGGAUAUCCCUUCUGAGAACUCAUCUGAAAGCUUUGUCUCUGAGAAAACCAUCACACCUGAUGCAGAUUUCUUUGAAGAUGGCUUGCCUGCCCCAGCCCAGGCCUAUCUACAGGUGUGCUCUGACAUGUCUGAAGCAGGACUGAACAAUGUAAAGCUGAGUGCCCACCCUGCAAUACUGCCCUCCCACAACCAGGCGCUUCAGCCCUCACCUGUCACAGUACAGAGAAGAAGCGUCCUACGCACUGAGGAAAUAACUAAAUGGCAGGACAACAGGAUGUCCACGAAGCAGGUAACCAUCACAGUGACACAGAGCAUCAGACACGUGGACAAGAGUGGGAAAAUUAAGGAGAAGUCCCUCACCACCUUCGAGGUCAUGAAGCCUAUGGAGGGCCUGAAGGACGUGCUGAAGGACGUAGUAGGAACAUUAGGGAAUAACACUGUGAUACACCGAGGUCUGAGGGGUUAACAGAGGACAAAGCUAAUGACAGAGGGUGGUUUGGAAAGACAAUGACAGAGUGUGGUUUGGAAAAUCAAUGGCAGUACGUGGUUUGGAAAGACAAUGGCAGAACGUGGUUUGGAAAGACAAUGGCAGAAUGUGGUUUGGAAAGACAAUGGCAGAACGUGGUUUGGAAAGACAAUGGCAGAACGUGGUUUGGAAAGACAAUGAACGCUGUGAGAAAGACUGUAUUGCUGAAUGGACUUUCCUUUGAGGGGGAGAGAAACAAUGAUACCAAAAUGCUGUUUGAGGUUCAUGAGGAUGAAAAAAAAGAUAAUGAUUUGAUUAUAGAGAUAGAGGGUUUGAAUCCGUGGCACAAUUGGUCCGCUAUCUCUACCUGGGACCAGACCUGAUAAACGAGAUACCUCUACGGGCCUGACACCAAAUGCUGUCAGGAUGAGAGAGUUUGUGACUUUGUCUAACGAAGAUGAAUGCUUUUUAUAAGCUGGGCUUGGGACCAAGAUGUAAAAAGAAAAGAAAAAGAAAAGAAAAAAGAAUAAGUACAACUUUGACCUGGUAGGAACUGAAUUGAACUGAACUGAACUGAACUGAACUGCACUGUAGCGGCUGAAUGAUCGGCCAUGUUGAAGACGUAUCAUAAUCUAAUGUUCCUAAAUAGGAAACAUGUCUUGAAGUAGCUAGUUUUGUAAUGUACUGUAUAUGUUUAGUAUUGUUACGGGCAACUCGUUGGGCAGUGUUUGUUUGGUCUUUGAUGGAUGAAAAAAAACAGUUUUUAGACUACGAUGUUUACAAGAAGGUAUGUCUUCUAAUGAAUAGGCACUUUUUGUGAACAAAACUUUAUGAACUAGCUAGUGACUUUACAAACGAAUGACUUUAUGUACUAGUGACUUUAUAAACUAGUGACUGAAUGGCUUGAUUAAGAGGUCAUGCCAUUAUAUAUCUAGUUUGAGCUCUACAUGAAGAGAGCUUGAUUCAAUCAGAAAGACAAUUUAGUUUCAAACGGAUUGACUUGUGAAGUGUGAUUAUUUAAAUCCUUCCUCUAGUGCAGGAAUAAGCCACCCCCACUUUUGAAGGCCCUCAGAUAAAUUCCCUCCCCCAAAAUUUAAAUAAUGAGUUCUGAUUUUUGGUGGCCCCACCCCCAAUCAAAGUUUCCCUUCCCUGGUCUAUUGAAUGAUUACAGUAGCAUCAGCAGAUUCUCAAUGAAAUUCUCCGGGAGUUUUAGACGGAAACACUGUGUAGCAGACAGUGGUGAAAUACAUAUAUUUUCUCCCUCUUCAUAGCAUUUAUACAUACAUAUUUAUCUCAAAUUCUAAUUCAAUUGAAACACAAUGAAGUUGUUAUCAAAGGCUUAGGAUUUACUUUGUUUAAACAAAACACAAUGAAUCUGAUUGGUUAGAGAUAAGUUUAAACAAAACACAAUGAAUCUGAUUGGUUAGAGAUAAGUUUAAACAAAACACAAUGAAUCUGAUUGGUUAGAGAUACGUUUAAACAAAACAAUGAAUCUGAUUGGUUAGAUAUAAGUUUAAACAAAACACAAUGAAUCUGAUUGGUUAGAGAUACGUUUAAACAAAACAAUGAAUCUGAAUGGCAAAUAAGAAAAAAACGGUUAAAAGAUCAGACUUAUAUUGAUUGGUUGGAAUUGAUUGGUCGGAAUUGAUUGGUUGGAAUUGAUUGGUUGGAAUUGAUUGGUCGGAAUUGAUUGGUUGGAAUGUUGGUGAGUGUACAACAAAAGGGUUGACUAAACAGUAUUUCAAUGGUGUUUUACUAAUUUACAUAUUGCCUCAGUGUGAUUAUCUUGGUACCUAUUUGUACUUUUUAACGUAACAGCUUGUAAGUACACUUUGUCAGGUCAUUUUGGCUUAACUCUUUGGUUCAAGUUUAUGAAUAUGGACAGUAUACAUUUGUACAGAGUACUGACAAUAAAUUAAC